AUCUAUUCAAAAUUCCCUAGACCUUUUGCUACAAACACAAUUUAUUUACAAGACGAUAUAGAACAUUUUAAUACAAUUAACAUACCUUCAGACACGAGUAAAUAAAUGAAGGUCAGUAACAAGCAUGCCGAAAAUACCAAAAACCAGCAAAGUAUAUGAACGAUAAGAAGUAAUGCUUGCUAAAAUCAUUAGCAAAACAGGGAGACGGGCGCAUGGGAAAUUGCUUCCAAUAAUGGGGUGAAUAAAAUUUACCUAAUGACACCAAUAAAAAUGACAAUAAUAGAUAAAAUAGAAGAUACUUCACCGAAAAUAAUCACUGUCCAAUAGAGGUAGGGACAUGGCAACAUGCUGAGCCAGUAUAAAUAGCCAUACAAAAUCGAAGGAAUUCAACAGAGGUCUAACGGUCUAGAAAUAUUCAACGACGUUGUUGAGAAAGUUAGAAAGAAAAUGUUGAAGCUCGCGACAAGCCUUAUUGCGGUGACAAGUCUAGUGUCCUUGGUCGUGGGGACACCAAUUAUUCCAAACAUUGGUGAUGAAGAGGAAAUGAUUGAGGUCAGUGACAAUAGCCUGGAUAGACCCACAAAACACUCAAAGGAUGUCAUUGAUUUAAGUUUCUAUGGCAUGGCAAUGUUUGGUGAGCCGGAUGAUAAAAACACUGCUCAACUGGUGGCAAACUACAGUGCCGAUACAGCUCUGGUGAAUCCUGAGGAAUUGGGUACCUACUUGGAAGGUGAUAUACUGGUGCCAAAAAAUCAAAUUGUCCUUAAAAACGGCAUAACCACCCAGAGUUCCCGCUGGCCCCGCGGCAUUGUUCCCUAUGAAAUUCGCGGUAACUUCAACAGUCAAGAUAGAGCAAUUAUUGAACAUGCGAUAGCAGAAUAUCAUCGUCGCACUUGCAUACGUUUUGUACCGCGCACCAAUCAAGCCGAUUACGUUUCCAUUGUGAGUGGCAGUUCGGGAUGCUGGUCUUCGGUGGGUCGUGUUGGUGGUAGGCAAGAAGUUAAUUUACAGUCUCCCGGAUGUUUGACAAAACCUGGAACCACCAUCCAUGAACUUAUGCACGCAUUGGGUUUUCUGCACGAACAAAAUCGAGAGGAACGCGAUUCCUAUGUUUCCAUACAAUAUCAAAAUAUUCAACCCAGUGCAGCUUCGAAUUUCGAUAAGGCUUCAAGGACUGUAGCAUUUGGGGUGCCCUAUGAUUAUGGCAGUGUUAUGCACUAUUCGGCAAAUGCCUUCUCAACAAAUGGCCGGCCGACCAUUGUUGCACUGCGUUCAAUGGGCAAUACCAGAAUGGGCCAACGUGAUGGUUUUUCUGAAAUGGAUAUUGAAAAACUAAAUCAAAUGUAUGAUUGUGGUUAUGGUUCUGCAGUACCGGCUCCCAUUCCAGCUCCGGCACCCGUACCUGCUCCGGUUCCCGUUCCUGCACCCUCACCCGUUGGCGGUACCACAGCCAUUGAUAAUAACAUUAUUAAUAGUUUUAUCAGUGGCAUAAUGACUGGUUUGGGUUUUGGUGACGAUCCAACGGCUUGAACAU